GAAAUCCAGAAACCGUAAAGAGGCAAACAACGUAAAAAAAUGGUUAAAAAACAAAUAAAACCAGUCAAAUAAUGGAAGUGAUACCAACAGAUAUAGAUUUAAUUAAUUGUUGUCGUCUGUGCUUAAGUAAUCGUGUAAAAUUGAUCUCAAUAUUUGAAGAAAAUAUUUUAAAUUUGAUCUCAAAACAUCUGCCAUACAUAAAGAUAUCGCAAGGUGAUACUUUUCCAAAAAACAUUUGUAACUCCUGUAACGUUGUUUUAAAGCAAUUUGAAGGGUUGUAUAACUUUUCCAUUGAAAAUGAUAAAAAAUUGCGCAAAUUAUCGCUGGAAAAUUCGCGGGAAGAAGCAAAACAGAUUGAAGACGAUCUUGCUGAUGCUGUAAAUGAAAUAGGAUUGAUGUUAAGCGAUGGAAACAAUUUAAGGAGCAAUUUUGUGGCGAUUCGAGAAGAUGAUGAAAGUGAUAAAUCACUUGAAAUUCCUGGAUCGCUCGAGACAGAUCUGGCAAAAGACAUUGACCGGAUUCUUGCAAUGACACAACUUGACGACAUUCCAGGGCCAAACCAAAUUUACAGUUGUGAUUUUUGUCAACCACAACCACCAAUUGCAACACUUUCAGAACUCAACGAACAUCUGAAGUCAGCUCAUAUUGAUUUAGUCUUUCAUUGUGAAACAUGUGACAACUUCAUCGAUAGAAAUUCUUUAAUUCAACAUAUGAUGGGACAUUUAAAAGAGCGGGAAACUUUGAAUGAGAAUCGUGUUGAAGAAGCAAAUGAAAAUGAUGACGAUCGUCAGCAUGACGAAGAAGAGGGCGAAGAAGGUGAAGCAUCAGAGGAAAAGAGUGUCAAAGUUGAGAAGGAAUGUAUAAAAGCAGGGAAAACUGAAAAACCUGAGAAAGAACGAAAUCAUCAAAUGAAAAAAGCUUCGGGAUCAAAUGUAAAGUUUCUCAAGAAAUGUCAUCAUUGUCCAAAGCUUUUCUCAAAUCGAUCAGGAAGAUUAUAUCAUCAAGAGCAAGUUCAUUUUGAGCGACGUCGUUUCCAUUGUGAUCAAUGUAAGUCUUCAUUUGGAUCGAAGCAGACACUUAUGAAUCACAUUCUUAACAAACAUUCGAAUAACGAGCGAACUUUCAUUUGUGAUUUUCCAUCUUGCGAGAAAAGUUACAAAACCAAGUCAGCAUUGUAUAAUCAUAGAAUUUAUCAUUCUGAUGAUCCCAAAUGGCAUUGUAAUUAUUGCUCCAAGAAGUUUCACUUUCCAUUUCUUCUUCAACAACAUGAAAGUACGCAUUUGGGGAAGAAAAGUGGAAAAUCGUACGACUGCGAUGUUUGCAAGAAAUCUUUCAACACACGUAAUAAGCUUACAAAGCACCGAGGCAUUCAUGAUGCUAAUCAAUAUGCAUGCACUCGAGAAGGCUGUACUUUUAAAGGCAAUUUAAAACGCUAUUUAAUAGCACAUAUUAAGCGAAUGCAUUCAUAAAUUUUAAUCACAUUCCUUAGAUAUUCUCUCUAGAUCUUUCAAUGCCAAAGUACAAAAUUUCUUUUACGCUUUUAUUUAUAACUUCAUUUAAUUUUUACUUUCUGUUUAGAGAAAUUUGAAAUUGUUAUUUAGAGAAACUUUUCACAUUCACAAGUACAGAGUAGAAAAUCUCAGUGGUCAUGAAUAACCCUGGAACUUGUUGACGUCCAGUUUCUGUUUGUUUUACAUUAAAAAUCAUUUUCAAUGUUUUUUUAUUAUCUCAUUAAUCACAUAAUUCUUAAUGUUUUGUCAAUUUUAACUUUUAUCUUCAUAAAAAUUUAAUCAUAAAAGAAAACAUUUUGAUGUUCAAAAGAUUAAA